CUGAAGCGGUGUUUGUUUAGGUAAUUGAACACAUCAAACUUGUUCUGACAACUUUAUAAUCCAGUGCCGAGAUAUGUUUUACCCAGUCGUCAGUUUUAAUGAAAGCCAGAAGCUUAAAAACCAGAAAAUGCCUUUCCAUUUCUGCCCCCAGUGUGGUACAAAGUUGCAGCCUGGUUUCAGAUUUUGCCCUUCGUGUGGGGAGAAACUUCCCUGUGCUGUCGAUGAAUCUGGACCUGUGAGCUCCACGGCGUCUCUAAGUCUCUCUCCAACCAAAAGAGAUGAAGCAGCAACAUCCCUAGUUAAAACGAGCCUGGCUUCAACCGCAAGUUACGAGCCCGCGGAAAGUAAAGCUCAUGCAUGUAUCAGCUCGACUCCAAUUACAACUCGUCCUGCACUGCGAAAGACCCGAAACUCCCUUCGUCUGGACAAAGAUGUUACAUUCAACAUUAAAGAUGACGCUCCACCAGUGGUGUCCUUCUCUAACCCUGUCAGAGGACUCAAUGACACGAUUGAAGAUAUCAAUGUUGGAUUUGUUGGAACUCCACCAAAGCAGCACACAGUCACUUUUAAACUCGACGCAGCGGUAGAGCCGACUUUACAGUCUUCCUCUUCUCCUGUUUCCAAAUCCCCUCGACAAGCCAGGGGAAAGGCAAAACUCUCCAGCCCUGCAGCGAAGCAGCUAGAAGAGGGAAAAAGGCCGAGUAGGAAAGCGGAGGAGUCGACGGUAGACGGCGCUCACGUGACCGUUUCUUCCCCUGUUUCCUCACCAGUCUCAAGGUCUCCUAUGAAAGCUACAUGUAAAAGCAAGGCCAAGAAGGCAAAGCAUGCACCCGCUGUGGAGCCGCUGCAGGAAGGUCAGGAAGUGACAGAUAAGACGGGCAGGAAGUGGAAGCUGGUGAAACUGCUCAGUCAAAGCACGACAGAGCUCAUCUACGAAGUUUUCCAAACUGUUUCACGAUCGAAUUCUAAAGAAUCAAAUCACAUCCUCAAACUGGCAGCUAAAGAUGGAAGAAUCUUCAAUGAGCAGAACUUUCUGCAGAGAGCUGCUAAACCUGCUUCUGUGGACAAGUGGAUCAAACAGAACAAGAUGGAUUUUCUGGGGAUUCCUUCCUGUGUUGGCUUUGGUCUUCAUGCAGAAUCGUACAGGUUCCUGGUUUUCCCCAACAUGGGUCAGUCUCUCCAGUCCGUCAUGGAGGAAGAAGAUGAGCUUCUUCCUGAGAAAGCUGUUCUUCAGCUCGCCUGCAGAAUAAUAGAUGUGCUGCAGUAUGUUCAUUCAAACGAGUACGUUCACGCUGAUAUUAAUGCAGAAAACAUUUACAUCCAACCAGGACAGAAAUCACAGAUAUACCUAGUAGGAUACUGCCAUGCCUUCAGAUACUGUCCGGGUGGACAGCAUGUAGAGUACCGUGAAGCCAGCAGAACGCCACAUGAGGGCACCGUAGAGUUUAUCAGCCUGGACGCACAUAAGGGAGCAGCUCCAUCCAGACGCAGCGACCUGCAGUCUCUGGGUUACUGCAUGCUGCGCUGGCACACAGGAGCGCUGCCUUGGACCACCCUCUCCCACCCGGACCAAGUGGCCACACAGAAACAAAGGUACAUGGAGGAUGUUCCUGCACUGUUGAGUCACUGCUUUGGGAAGAAGAGAGUUUCCAGUGCACUGCAAGCGUACCUGACUGCGGUGAUGACUCUGCAGUACUCUGAGCAGCCGGACUACUCAGCGCUGAAGGCCGGACUCAGUGUUGCUUUACUGCAGCUGGGGGGGUCACCGGAGAGGCCACUGAGUUUUUAGAUUACCGGACAAAAAGAAGACACGUGGAAGUUGGACUGUGUGUUGUUUUUUUUUUGUUUUUUUUAGCUUGUUUUUAUCAUGCUGUGUUUUUAUCUGUGAUGUUUUAUUGCACUAAAAGUGUGGAGUUUAUGUGUGAAUGAUACUCACCUCAGGUUGAUGGGUUUUGAUUGGGAACAUCAUUUCAAGUCUUUGUGGUGUUGUGGUUUCUCUGAGCAAUUACACUGUGAGUUUUAGCAUUUCAGUGGGAGAUGGAGGCAAGUUGUUGAGUUUAAUACAGUGUUGGGUGAUAGUUACACUUUGUUAGUUAAUUGUGUCUCAGUGGUCUUCUACACUUUGUCCAGUUUUAGGGAUUUUAACUGGUCACUUGUUACCUUCCCUUAAAGAGGUUGUUUUCACUGCCAUUUGUUCGUCUGCCAGCAGGUUACUGAAAAACUACACGUUCAUGUAAAUGGUGAGGGUGUGGCGUGGGUCACGGGGUGGAUACAGAUUUUUACUUUUGGUAAUGUUGUGAUUUACAUUGCAACGCAGGUCAACUGUAACUCCGGUUGCAAAUUAACUGAAUUUGUCGCAUGUGUGAAUCCAUCUUCAUUAAAGUGAGUGGUGUUCUGUGUGUAAACAUACAAAACACAACAGCCACCUCAAACAUCACUGUACAAACACCUUGUUGGAGGUCUGCGCUCUCUGAGCGCCCUUUUAGUUCAAACUGUUUUCUGUUUAAUGAAAUGUUUUUAAUGAAUGUACCUGUUUUUUGUUUUUUACCUCUUUGACGCAAACUUGUUACUGCUGAACGUUUCCUUAAGACGAGCCAUCACAGAUGUGGUUAACAUCUCGACACUGUUACACUAUGUACACAUAGAUUAAGCUCCUUAAUAAAAUGGCUAUAUUUCUUAUUAAA